GCCUAAUUGUGCUCUACCCCUUCAUGAAACGUGUGACCUACUGGCCACAGCUAAUGCUUGGCUUCACCUUCAACUGGGGUGCUCUCCUCGGCUGGGCGUCAGUCCGUGGCACGUGUGACUGGGCGGUCUGCUUGCCCUUGUAUGCUGCUGGUGUGGCAUGGACGCUUAUCUAUGACACUAUAUAUGCACAUCAGGACAAAUAUGAUGAUGCCAUCAUUGGUAUUAAAUCAACAGCUCUGAAGUUUGGUGACCAAACUUGGAAAUGGCUGAGUGGAUUUGGCCUCACAUUUGUGUCAUCUCUAUUAUUAACUGGCUAUAAUGCUCAGUUAGCAUGGCCAUAUUAUUCUGCAGUUGCUGCAGUAGCAUUUCAUGUCACAAAUCAGGUACGAACUCUUGAUAUCAACAACCCAGGAGACUGUGGAGACAAAUUUAGAGCAAAUCGUCAUUUAGGUUUGCUUUUGUUUGCAGGUAUAGUUGGAGGAACUUUACUGAAAUCUGAUGAGGAAAAUCCACAAAGUUUAGAGCUGAAUCCAAUAUGUAAUGAAUUAUAGGGAUAUGUGAGCUGUGAUUAUGUAGAGCCUUUGAUUAUAUAUUAGACAUCUAGUCAAGAGGUAUUAUUACUGAAAAAUUGUUGAUUCAAGCCUAAGAUUUGUAAAUACAAUUUUUAAAUAUAUGA